GUGCCCUCGUGAUUUCAAUAUCUCAUCCCGUAACGUAUUGUGUCCGAUGUCCAGUGUGGCUCAAAAACUUCCAGUUGAAAUCUCAAGUGAAAUUCCCUCUAUUUCUAUUCCUAUUUUGAAAAGCGAAAACCCUAAUUACUUCCCUGCAAGAAGAUGGCAGAAGCAGAACCAGCAACUAGGUUAAUGUCAAGUCUCCCGGAAGAGAUGCAAGCAGAAAUCUUUUUGAAGUUACCAGUGAAAUCAAUAUUAACAUGUAAGUGUGUAUGCAAACCCUGGCUUAAUCUAAUUUCUAGCCCUAGAUUUAUAUCAUCUUAAUCUCAGUAUAGGAACAAUCAUAAGAUAACGUUUACUGAUACGGAGUCGAAUGCUUUUAAGCCUUUGAUAUACUCAAUAGAUUAUGCUUCAAUUACAUCAACACCAGAUUUAUCAUGUGAUUAUAUAGGCAAUGAAGCUGUUCUCAUGGAUUACCCAUUUGAAUACAAGAAAGGUAUGACAAUUAGUAUUUUGGGUGCUUGUAAUGGUCUCAUUUGCUUUGGUAUUGUAAUUGAUACAAAGACUAGCAUUUGUAUUUGGAACCCAACAACUAGAGAAUACAGGAAAAUUCACCAUUCUAAUUUUCACAACGACCCCAAGGUUUACUGUGACUCUGGGUUUGGUUACGAUAGCAAAACUGGAGAUUACAAGAUGGUGACUAUUGCGGAUUCUAAAAGGUCAGGUUACUGUGAAGUUGAAGUAUAUACAUUUGGAUUGCAUUUGUCAAAAACUAUUCUUACCUUUCCUCACAAGUAUCCGAUUCACGCACCUCGUGUUGUUUUUCUCAAUGGAGCUCUUCAUUGGAUAAGCAGCAGUACGUCCAAGCAGGAUAUCUACCAUGGUAUAUUAACUUUUGAUAUCAGUAAUGAGAAACUCAUGGAUGUGCCGUUGCCAGAAAAAUGUAUAUUACAUCCAGAAGAUAGCAAGACGGAAUUGCAUAAGACGAUUGGAGUAUUGGGAGACUGCCUUAGUUUAGUUUUAGUCGACGUUAAGACGGUGGAAAUAUGGGUAAUGCAGGAUUAUGGAGUGAGAGAAUCUUGGACUAAACUAUUCACCACUACUCAAGAACCAAUCAUCCAUUAUCCUUUUUGGAUGCCGAUACUGUCACUUAAAACUGGUGACAUUCUGAUGCAUAGUUAUGACGGUUUUGUUUUAUGUGACCCAAAGAAUGGAAGAGUAGGAAAGGUGAGCAGUUUUUUCCAAGAAAACAAGCGUAUUGUUCGUGUUCUUACUAUGAUCACAGCUCAUCCUGAGAGUUACGUCGAGAGCCUGGUUUCGCUUAACUCGGGUACUUAUGUGAAGAAGCCCAGACGACAAAAGUCGAGAACUGUUUCAGGGGACUGCAACGGUCUGCGAGGAGGAGCGGGAGUCCAUCUGAAAUUACCAGUGAAAUCAUUGUUAACAUGUAAGUGUUUAUGCAGAAUAAGAACAAUCAUAAGCUCGUGUUUGCUGAUAGCGAGUCAGAUACUGAGACUAGCAUUUGUAUUUGGAACCCAGCAACUAAAUACAAAGAAAUACAACAUUGUGAUUUUCAUAUCAAUCCCAAGCAUUCUUCUAGAGCCGGGUUUGGUUAUGAUAGCAAAACUGGAGAUUACAAGAUGGUAAGAAUUGUGAAUUAUCAAAAAUCUGAUUGCUGUAAAGUUGAAGUAUAUACAUUUGGAUCGCAUUCGUCAAAAACUGUUCAUACCUUUCAUUACAAGUAUCCAAGUUAUGUAGCAUAUCGCGGUGUUUUUCUCAAUGGAGCACUUCAUUGGAUCAACAAUCUGUGGAAGCAAGAUAAUCCCAAUAAUAUAGUCUCUUUUGAUAUUAGUAAUGAGAAACUCAUGGAUGUGCCAUUGCCAGAAAAAAGUAUAAUACAUCCGGAAGUUAGCAGCCCGAGAUUGUUUAUGAAGGUGGGAAUAUUGGGGGAUUUCCUUAGUUUAGUUUUAAUCGACAUGAAGUUGGCUCGAGCUGAAGUUUGGGUAAUGCAGGAUUGUGGAGUGAGAGAAUCUUGGACAAAACUAUUCACCACUAUUCAAAAACCAAUCACCAGUUAUCUCUGUUUGCCGGUGGUGUCACUUAAAAAUGGUGAGAUUCUGAUGUAUACCCAUCAAGGUUUUGUUUUAUGCAACCCAAAGAAUGAUCGAGUUGGAAAGGUGGGCAGGUUUUUCCAAAAAAACAAAAUUCAAGUCCUUAUUGAUGCUAUGGUGGUGACUCAUCCUGAGAGUUAUGUCGAGAGCCUGGUUUCGCUCAAGUAGGGUACUUAUGUGAAGAAGCCUAAGGGACAAAAAUUGAGGUAAAUCAUCCCGUGCUGUACACUCUCCAAUCUUUUUACCAUAUUUAUUAGAGCCUUGCAGUUCAGUCAAAAGAAAGUUAAGGCGAACAGAGAAGAGGUAAUAGGUAUCUUAUGGUUUUUUGUUGUUUUCAUCUUUAAAUUUUGAGCAUCUUUUUGUUACACAUAUACUGGGAAAUGGGAUUAAGUCUCUACUUUUCUCAGCAGACAGAUAUUUGUUUAAUGCAACAUAACAGAUAUGCUUGAUUUUCAUAUUGCAAACCCUAUGCUUGUAGCUUUUACCAUCGUGAAGUAGCGGUUUCUGUUCAUUUUAAGAAUUCAAUGAAUAUUUAUGCUGGUAGAUUCCAUGGAAAUUAGUUGCUUUCUGAUUCUCACUGUGUUAAUUAUAAACAAAAAGUAGUUGUUUCGUCCUAUGCAUAUAACAGUAUAAGUGUUUUUGUUUUUUUUUUGCAUUUAGUACUUUAUCCUGGUUAAAUUUGAGAAACCAUUUCUUCCUAUGUUUGCUCAAAUCUGCAUUUUAAAUUGCAAUUUCCG